AUGGCUCCAAAGACCAUCAUUGCUCCCUCUAUUCUGUCAGCUGACUUUGCUCAGCUUGGCCAUGACUGUGCCCGCACUAUGGAACAGGGCGCAGACUGGCUUCAUGUCGAUAUCAUGGAUGGCCAUUUUGUUCCCAACAUUACAUUCGGUCCUCCUGUCGUUGCAUCCAUCCGAGGACACGUCGAUCAGCCCACAGAGGCCCACGGCCGGGGCACCUUUGAUUGUCAUAUGAUGAUUGCAGAGCCCAAGAAAUGGGUCAAGGAGUUCAAGAAAGCUGGCUGCAACCUCUACUGCUUCCACUACGAGGCCGCCUUCUCCAGUGCCGCCGAGAGCCCCGAGCAACAGACUGACGAGAAGACUAACCCCAAGGCUCUUAUCCGAUACAUCCACGACCAGGGAUUGCUGGCUGGUAUUGCUAUUAAGCCUGACACUUCUGUUGAUGUGUUGUGGGAGAUUCUGGAGAAUAGCGACGAGAAGGAGAGACCUGAUCUACAGAUGGUCCUAGUCAUGACUGUAUACCCUGGGUUUGGCGGUCAAAAGUUCAUGGCAUCAGAAUUACCCAAGGUCCAGGCCCUCCGGGAAAAGUAUCCCGAGCUCAAUAUUGAAGUGGACGGUGGUCUUGGACCCAAGACAAUCGACGAGGCUGCCGACGCCGGUGCCAAUGUCAUCGUUGCAGGCAGUGCUGUCUUUGGGGCCAAGGACCCCUCUGAGGUUAUCGCCCAGUUGCGACAGGCCGUUGAUGCCCGAAGUGCAAAAGAAAAUGGGUCGAUUUUCGGAGCCAAAUUUUUAAAUAUUGGCGACGUCAGCCCAUUCUUUGCGUUGCGACUUCGCACAACUUUCACUCCUUCUCUCAGAAAAGCGGAAGCAGCUGUUGGAGCCUCCAAGGCCAACAAAAAAAAGUCCAAGCCUUCUUUGAGCGCAGAGGAAGCUCAGAAGCGGUUUCGCGCUGGCCUUUUCGACAAGAACGUCCUCAAUUCGUAUACGGAUCAGUAUGCUCAGUCAGAACCUUAUAAGCAUGCCGUCAUCAACGGCCUGGUUGACGAUUCUCUCCUUCGAUCGGUUCGCAGCGAGAUCAAGACCAACGUCGAGUUUACACCCAAGGAGACCGAUAUCUACAAGAUCCACCAGUCAGGCGACCUGGCCAACCUCGACGGUCUAGACGACGAGUCUCUGGCUAAGCUGCCUUCGCUGCUCAAGCUUCGCGAUGCUAUCUACUCCGAAGCCUUCCGCAACUAUGUCUCUCACAUUACCAACUGCGGCCCAUUGAGCGGUCGCAAGACUGACAUGGCUAUCAACAUCUAUACUCCCGGCUGCUACCUCCUUUGCCAUGACGAUGUCAUUGGUAGCCGUCGCGUUAGCUAUAUCCUCUACCUCGUUGACCCCGACACGCCCUGGAAGCCCGAAUGGGGUGGCGCACUCCGUCUGUUCCCCGUACAGGAGCUCAAGGACAAGGAGGGCGAGGUCGCAAAGACACCGCUUCCUGACGUUACAAAGGUCAUCCCACCUGCGUGGAACCAGCUGAGCUUCUUCGCUGUCCAGCCUGGAGAGAGUUUCCACGACGUGGAGGAGGUCUACCGCGCCGAAACCAAGGAGCAGCUAGAGAAGGACGGUGGCCGAAUUCGCAUGGCUAUUAGUGGAUGGUUUCAUAUUCCCCAGAUUGGAGAGGAGGGCUACAUCGAGGGAGAGGAGGAGAGAAAUGCCAAGAACAGCGGCCUAAUGCAACUCCAGGGCAAUCCUGCUCAAUAUGACAUGCCUCAGCCUCAGGUCAUGAAGGUCGACAAGGCCAGCCAAGAGGGCUUCGACGAAGCUGAUCUUGAGUUUCUGCUCAAGUACAUCUCACCUGCGUACCUGGUUCCUGAUGCCUUGGAAGAGAUCUCCGAGACUUUCAACGAGAUGUUUGAGAUUACCUUGCCAGAUAUUCUGGGCAAGAAGUUUGCUCAGCGCUUGAGGGACUACGUUGAGGCUGAGGAGAAGAAACCCACACAAGAAGAUACUGCUACGAUAGAAAAGACGACUUCAUGGCGUGUAGCCAAGCCUCCACACAAGGCACGAUAUCUCUACCAACAACCCAGCGGACCUGAUCAGCUUCGCACCUCACAGGAGGAAUCCCCCAUCACUGAGCUUCUCGACAUCUUCCUGCCCAGUCGUCAGUUCCGCCAAUGGCUUCAAAUGGCCACCAAAACCACCAUCGAGAGUGCUGAUCUCCUCGCGCGUCGUUUCCGCCGCGGUCUCGACUAUACUCUCGCUACUGGGCACGAGGGCAAGGCGCGCGUAGAGAUCAACCUCGGAUUCACGCCUACAUCUGGCUGGGGCGAUGAUGAGGAAGAGGAUGCCGAGGAAGAAGCCGAAGAUCAGAACGGCGAGGAUAUAAAGAGUAAAGGAAAGGGCAAAGCCAAGGCUGCCGAGAAAAAGAACAAGGAGGAGGGGGAAACACCUGAAGUCGGUGGCCAAGAAAUCUUCAUGUCCGGCGACGAUGACGCCGAUGAAGAUGCAGCUGUAUAUAAGACAGGCGAUGACGACGACAACAUUCUCUUCUUCCAAGCCGCGUCAUGGAACAAGAUGACUAUUGUCAUGCGCGAUAGCGGUGCCCUCAAGUUCGUCAAAUACGUCAGCAAGAGCGCGAAGGGUGACCGAUGGGAUAUCUCCGGUGCCUUUGAGAUUGAAGAGGAGGAGGAUGAUGAUGAAGACGCUGGCGAAGGAGCUGCGCCAGACGAUGAGGAGUUCCAAGGCUUUUCACCUGAUGCAGCUGAGAGCGACUCUGAAUAA